AUUUAUUUAAGGUUAUAAUAAGUUGUUUAUAAAACUAAAACUUCUGCAUAUUUAAUUAUUAUUCAAAAUUCUUAUACUCCUUAAAAAUUAUGAAUUCAUCAUUUAACAACGAUGAAGAUGAUAGCUUUUUCUUCGAAUCCGAACAUUUAGCAUUAAGAGGAAACAAGGAUUAUUGCGAAGUUCUGAAGACACUGGUUAUUCUAUCAGCCCAACGUGAAAAAAUGAUAAAAGAUUACAUCAAGGUCGUGGAAAUAAAAAAAAACGUGUUAGAAAAUUCUGAUGAUGUCAUAAAAAAAAUAAUAAAAGGAGAAGAGUUAGGUAUUGAAUUACCAUCUAUGAUCGAAAUACCAAAGAUUCCUGUAAUAAAUUUUGAAAAAUAUAACGCCAAAUUACUACAAACAGAACUCUCUAACAUAUAUUCCGAUACGAAUCUGAGUAAAGAAGACGAAUGGAAAAAAGAACAAGAACGCGAUAAAAAUGAUACUCAUCAGACUUGGACUACCGAAGAACAGAAGAAACUUGAAGAACUAUUACAGAAAUAUCCCCCUGAACCAAUUGAAAGGAGGAGAUUCAAAAAAAUAGCCAACGAAUUAGGUAGUCGAUCUGUAUCUCAAGUAGCGAGUAGAAUUCAAAAAUAUUUCUUAAAGCUUUACAAAGCUGGUUUGCCAAUUCCCGGACGCAUUCCGAAAUCGUUCGAGAGGAAUAAAAGAUCUUUCAUGCACAAACACCAACGCCACAAUCAUUACUUGUGGAAACCAACGACUUUUUUUCCCGAAUUCAAUACGCCUGUUACUAUGAGCGAUUUAGUAGGGAAUUCCCCGGGUCCGAGUGUUAAUCAACAAUUUAGUUCCAAUCCGGGGAAUUAUUUGAUAGAAUCAAGUUACCAGCAGGCGGUUGAAAUGACUGGUAAAAGUAACAACGAAAUUCAGUUGGAAAUUUUGAAAAGAGUCAGGGAAGAAAAAUUGAGAACGCAAAGAAAUGCUAGUGCUGAUUUCCAACAUAUUGGAUACAAGUGCAACUAUUGUAAUUCCGAACCAAUACUAGGCAGUAGAUGGCAUUGCGCAGUGUGUCCGGAAUCUGUUGAUUUCUGUACAGAUUGCGUGGUUUCUCAAAUGUACAUCACAAACAAUCAUCCUGUAACUCAUCCAAUGGUAAUUUUGCAAGAUGACGAACAACACAGUGUUUUUUAUUCUAAAUCCACGUCAAUUAAAGAUGAAGAAGAAGAUGAAGACGAAGAAGACUCUGGUGACAGUUACGGAUUCGAAGAUAUGGAGAAAGAAGAUGAAGAUCGUUUGGAUACAGACGAAGAAAGUAGUAGUAAUUUUGAUGGUAAUAUAAAUUAAAUUAU